CUCUCAACUUCAUCCCAGGACACCAUCAGAGAAGAUGGCCACCAGCAAUCCCAAAAAUGUCAAUCUCCCCAGUGACAUCAAAUUCAUUCCCACUCCAGCACCUCCGCCCUCAGCUUUUAGUGGAGAUACCGUAACCAAUUCGCCCGCCAUCAACAACCCUCCCCUCCCAGCAGACGGCCCCGGAAAUGAAGCGUUCAGCAAUCUCUACCUGAUCAGUGCAUUGGUGGGAAUUCCCGCCGUCUUGACAUGGAAAUUGGGCGGCGGAGUGAAGACCGGCGUGUUUCUCGGUCUCGUCACACUCUUCCCUAUCCUUAUUGCUUUCUGGACAUGGAGGUCCAGCUGCAGUCCCCCGACCAAUACCAAGGUCCCAAUGCCCGGUCGCGCAAUCGAAGAAUACAUCACGUUCAAAAAUGAGGCAGACCGAGCCAAAUGGCACGGUCGGAACAAGGUCCCCCUUCAGACCUUUUGCGAAAUGUAUCUCGACGGCUCGGUCGACUUCAAGGGCGAUUGUCUGGACAUUAUGGAAUAUCGACACGAUUGGGCCAAUUUCCGCUUCACUUGGGAUCUGUUUAAAUACAUUCUUUUGACCUUCGCGAGGGAUGUCCUCUUCCACACGAAAUCCCAAGAUGAGGAGCAAAUUCGUCCCAAUUACGACCUCGGCAAUGAUCACUACGCCUGGUUUCUCGGUCCUCGGAUGGUCUACACCUCUGGUAUCAUCUCUGACCCGAGUCGGGAGGAAACUCUCGAGGAAAUGCAAGAUAACAAGCUGGCGAUUGUGUGCGAGAAACUUGGCCUGAAAGAAGGCGAGACCAUGCUGGACAUUGGUUGCGGAUGGGGAACACUCGCCAAGUUUGCCAGUCUCAAUUACAAGGCCAAAGUCACCGGGCUCACUAUCGCGGAACAUCAGACCGCCUGGGGAAAUGAUGCUCUCCGGGCUGCCGGGGUUCCCGAGUCACAGAGUCGGAUUUUGUGCAUGGAUUAUCGGGAUAUUCCCCGGACGCAGUAUGAUAAAAUCAGCCAGAUUGAGAUGGGCGAGCAUGUGGGCGUCCGCAAAUUGUCGACCUUCUUCCGUCAAUGUUACGAUAUGCUCAAGGAUGAUGGCGCCAUGUAUGUCCAGUUGUCGGGUCUUCGGCAGGCGUGGCAGUAUGAGGAUUUCAUCUGGGGUCUGUAUCUGAACAAGUACAUUUUCCGUGGCGCUGAUGCUUCCACUCCGCUGUGGUACUAUGUGCUGGCUUUGGAGCGGGCUGGAUUUGAGAUCAAAAGUAUCGACACCGUCGGAGUCCACUACUCGGGCACCCUCUGGAGAUGGUACCGGAACUGGCUCGGAAACGCCGAGACGAUCAAGGCCACAUACGGUCAGCGGUGGUACAGAAUCUGGGAACUCUUUCUGGCCUGGUCUGUCAUUGCUUCUCGCCAAGGCAGCGCCACUUGCUACCAGUUCGUUGUGGUGAAGAACCUCAACACGACACACCGCAUUAAUGGGGUUGCGUCGCAGUAUGGGUUGUCGGCUGCGCUGGCUGCGAGCCAGAAGGCUGGCAAGGCGAGAUUGCCAUAGGAUGUACAGCUCGCAUCGAGCCGGAUAUGAAGGGACGAUCAUGAAUCUACUGGGUUAUGAUUUGCGGGAAUCACUUUGAAGUGACAGUGCAUGUUCGAGGGUGUCCAGGACAAACCGUAAUGAGGAAAAUGAAUGACUCGAGAGAUGAACUUAUGCAGGAGACUCACUAUCAUGGAAAUUGCAUCGGAAAUGAGAUUAGUCUCAACUGGAGAUAUUUCUGUAAUGUAACAAGGAUACUUGUUACGAUCACUCAACAGUCAUAAGAAAAUAGGUUCUGUGGGUCAAGGAAAUGUGUGUCUAACACAGGGUUAUUCUGCCCGGUAAGACUCGAAAGGG